ACGCAUUGCGCAUCGCUAGACUUCUGCGCGUGUUCAAUGGCUGCGAACGUCGAUAAAAUUGCUAAAAAUUUGCUUUUCACGCGUUUUUUAAGCAACAAUAACAGUAAAUACACAAACCAUAUACAAAACUGAUAGUGCGUGCAGCAAAUUGCCAAUGGCCCAAACCCUCGAAUUAAGCAAAAAGUGAGCUCAAAACAUCAGCCCAUCAAUAGUGAGCAGAGAAAAAAGAAAAUGCAAAGCGCAAUGUGAGAAGUGCAAAAAAAUUUCCUAUAUUCACAAUUUUAGUAGCGCAACCAAAUUUGUGCGCGGUAAGCAAACACGCAUAAUUGUGAAAUUCAAGCGCGUGUUUUUUUUCGCCCCUAUUACGCAGCCAAAUGCGCAAAAAUAUUAGAAAAUAAAACAAAAAUUGUAUAAGCACUGCGACGACGUCUGGCCUAUCCACACACAAGAAGGUAGACGAAAAGAGCGCAGGGCAAGGGGUGUUGUUCUUGUUCAGAAAAACGCGCGGCCGCCGCUCCGCUGGGCGCUCCAUUGCCUUGCCUCGCUCAGUUGUGCAGCGAGCGUCCGUGCCGUCGGUUGUGGUUGUGACACCUCUCUCUCUCUGUGUAUAGUUGUUUUGCGCGCGUAAAUAUUGCUGCGUGUCCGCCCCGGCAGCUGCUACUGCGAGCAGCAGCUGUAGAAAGAAGCUCAACUUAGCAAACGGUAAACACAACGUCGCUGUACGGCAUGCAAAGCGCAUAAAUGCAAAAAGAUGAUGGAAACAUUGGAACAGCAACAAACAAAGAGUACGCCUAACAGUGAGCCCCAUGCGGGCAAUACGGAAACGACGCCGGCAGCCAGCGAAGAGGAUGACAUUGAAGAACACUGCAAUGCGUUCGAGCUGGAAAAUGAGGAGAAAAACAGCAGCAGCCCGCUACGUGAGCUUAGUCUAAAAACCGUAGCUGAGCAGAAUGAAGCGCAAAAUCACCUAGAGAAUGGACAAGAUGCAGAGGAGGAGCCGGCAGCCUCGCAAGAGACGGCACAGGGUACAUCUUCAACUGCCGACAGCCUAGACGAGUCAUUUGAGCAGCCAGCCGAAAGUUCUGUGAAAGUGGAGUGUGAAGAGGCCGCGGAGGAUACUGCUGAGGGUGGCGAUGCCGAAGAGAAGCCGUCCACAUUGCUCGACGCCCAAAAGUCUCCAAUCGACAUUAAAGUUGAAACGAAAAGUCCUUUAUCCACGCUCAAAGAUGAUGUUGCUGACGAACCCUCCUCCUCGCCCGGCAAGCCAGAUGAGCAACAGAACGGAGAGAUUGCGACAACGGGUUCGCCUGCGAUGCAAUUUGAUACGGAAAGAUCGCUACAUGAUGAAUUAACUUUAACCGAUAACAUAAAAGUUGAAGAGAAAAGUCCUUUGCCACGCAUUAGGUCAGAUGAAGAAGAUGUCUCUUCGCCAGCGAUUAAAAUGCCCGAAGAUAAUUCUCCAUGUGAGCAGAAGAGCAUUUGUGAAACAUCUUCGCCUGUGUACAGAGUCGUUGGCGAGAGUUUUUCCAAUGAUGAAGAGGAUAAUGUUUCACCAACGAUAAAAGUGAUUGAGAAAACAUCUUCACCUGCCCACAUGCAAGAGGAAGAUAGAUCAUCAUCGUUUUCAUCUGCACUUAAGAUCUCUGACGACAUUAAAAUCGAGGGCGAUGAAGAUUUUUUAGACCGAGUGCAAAGAAACGACGACGAAGGAGAGAUGGAGCAAGAGGAGGAGGAGGAGGCGGCAUCGUCACCUGCAUUCAAAAUCGAUGAAGAUGAAUUUGCUUCAAGUGCAAACGCAACCAAGGAAGGGGAGCUAGCAUCACCUGCAACACCAGCUGCGACGCCUGUGUAUAAAAUCAAUGAUCUUUCACCUGCCAGCAUACCAGAUGAUGAUGAUGAUGAUGAUGAGGAUUCCUCACAAGGAUUUAAUGCUGAAAUUAAAAUCGAGGAAGCCAGUCCAAAGUUGCCAAAAAUUGAGCGCAAAUCCCCCAUGGAAAUCAUUAAGAUUGAGUCUGAUUCUGAGGAUGAAGAUGUGCAGGUAGAGGUGGAAAAUGAUGUAGAUGAAACUGAAGGUAAUCAAACAGCUGCAACAGAUUUACACCAAUUGGAGCAAAGUGAUAAUUUGAUUAAGCAAAAGCAAAACAUGGAGACGCCAACGACGCCGUCGCCGUCGCCGACGCCUAAGGUGAAAAUAAAUGGCGCACAUGCAGCAAUGGAAGAACUGCAGCCGAUGUCUGAGCUGGAGCAGGAGAGAUUGGAAGAUGCAGUACAACAGUCUGUGAUAGCAAAUAACGAGAAGGAAGAGCAGCUGGAGCUGCAAAACACCGGAAGAAGAAGCAGCCGCAGCAGCAGCAGCAGCAGCUCGGUCAGCUCCACCUCACAGCAGCUGGUCAUUGAUCAGCCCGAGAGCGAGCAGCAGCUGCGAAAACAGCAGCAGCAGCCGCAGCUGAGCCACGAUCAGGAGCAGGCAAAGAAUCAGCAAUUGUUGCUUGCAUUGAAGCGCAGGCGCAGCGGCAGCAACAGCAACAGCGACAGCGACAACAACCCAAAACCAUCAGCCAAACAACAGUGCGUGGAGACGGAGGAGCAACAGACGUCGUCCUUGCUGUUGCAGCGUCUGCAGGCGCCAGCGCCGAAUAGCGGCGAUGUGGAACAGCAACUCAGCUGCUACAAGUGCAAUGCAAACAAAUUUGAUAAUUUUCAGCAGCUAAAUGCGCAUUACGCACAAUGCAAGGCACACACCGAAGCGGCAGCAGCAGCAGCAGCAGAAACAGCCACAAAGUCAACAGCAGGAGUAGCAGCAGCAGACGCAGCAGCAGCAGCAGCAGCAGCAGUUGCAUCAGCUAUCCCAGCGCCAGCAGCUGUUGCCGUGCCCUUGACCAGUCCCGCACCUGCUACUGCCCUCAAGAAGGAGCGCUUCUUUCGCUGCGCCCGCUGCAGCACUGUGCAUCAGUGCUGGAACUUUUUUCUGCACAUGCGCGAGGUGCAUCAGCGUUACAUUUGCCUGUACUGUUCGCAUGUGUUUGCCAGCGUUGAGAAACUGUCGCUACAUCUGGAGAACAAGCACGACAUGGAUCAGCGUCAUUUUGCCAACAUUGAGGCGUGGCAAGCGCUGCAAUCGCAAGAGGAUCGCGCCCGUUAUCUGGUCUGCUGCAAUUGCCAGGCAAGCUUCGAGCGCGGCAGCCAUUUCGAUGAUCAUGACUGCGCCGAACUAAUGCAGCCCUGCGCCCUGUGCGGCCAAAAGGCUGGCCAUGCCAAUGGCUGUCGCAAUAGCAGCAGCACCACAGCCACCAACGCCAACAACAGCGGCAGCAGUCGCAAGAAGACGGCGGCGCGACGUAAGCGCAAGACGGCCAAGAGUAAGCAGCCGCCCAGCCAGCAGUUGGCCGAAGAGCAGCCCAAGGCAAACAAUCAGCAGGAGGACGAGUCCAACUGGAUGGAGACGGAUGCGUUGGUGCCUCCUGAAGCGCCAGCACAGCCAACGGCAUUGCCUGAAAACAACAUUCCAGCGCCAAUUGAGGUUGCGCCACAAGAGGAUGCGGCGCCCAAGCUGGUGGUGCCGAAGAUGAUGCUGCGCGUGCCGAAAGAGUUUCAGAAAUCCGUGGACGCAGCGCUCAGCAGCACAGACACCGAGGAGGAGGACAACGAUGAGCUGGCAACAUCGGCAGCAGCAGAAGCGCCAGAUGCAGCCGAAUCCGAAAGCAGGAGCAGUGCGAUGCCGCUGCUCACCGUGGAUGCAGUGGAGCAACAGCAACAGCAAUUGCAGCCCAUGUCAUCAUUAUCGGAGGACACGGAAACCGCCACCGAGACAGCGUCCACGUUUCAGGAAACGGCGCCCGCAAUGCCCGCAAAUGCUUCACUAAACGAAUUGGAGGACGAUGAGGAUUCGCCAGCGUUAAAGCUGCCGUUGGUGCUGGCCGAAUUUGAGCGCACCAAAUUGGACAUAGAGCGCACCAUGGCGCUCAUGGUGGCCAAGAGGGAGCUACAGGAACAGCAGCAACAGCAGCGUCAGCUGCAGCAGCAGCUGCAGCAACAUCAGCUGCCAACUGAAGCCAAGCAGCAGCGCGGCCGCUGGUCCCUAACGCCGCCCGCAUCCCCGCAUAAUAAUCCCAUAAAUGAGACGACGCAUGUGCCAAAGGUGCUGCAGGAGCAGGAACAGCUGCUGCCGACGGGUGAAUCGGUGGAGCCAGCGGCAGAGCUGUUGCCUGCGUCUGUGCCGCAGCGUCGCGAUACGCUGGGCAGCGAGUGCAUGGAGCUCGAUGAUAGCCUUAAUGAGGAGCAAAAUACGCAGCAAUCGGAGCAGACCGAACAGUCCGAGCAGUCGGAGCAACUGCAGCAGCCAUUGGACGCAGAGCCAGCGGCGUGCGCAACGCCGCCGCCACCACCGCCGCCCGCCGAUGGCAUUGAGGUGGCCGGCGCGGAUACCCACACAGUUGAGCUGCAGCUGGACAGGCCGCUGGACAAAUUCGAAAUGGUGGACUUUGGGCGUCUAUGCCUCAAGGCUGUCUAUCCCUUUUGCCUGUACUGUAACCAUGCGCGGCGCAUUGCUGUCAAUGCCAAGCAGCUGGUGCUGCAUCUAAUCGCACAGCAUCGCUUCACGGCCACCGUGGACAGCAUCACGGCCGAGGAGCUGCAGGCGGAGACCAUUGUCGCCAAGCUGAAGAGCUACUUGCCCGCCCUGGAAGGCAAUCACUAUUUGAAUUCCAUGAGUUGCUGCAGCUUGGAGCAGGGACGCUUCGUCCAACCCUUCAACGAGCGCAUCUACGAGUGUUUCCAGUGCCGCUAUGUGACGGCCACCCACAAGGAGCUCUACACGCACAAUCGCCGGCUGCACAUUAAGACGAACAUCACGUGCUGCAUGUGUCGCUUGAAUUUCUUUAGCUACAGUGAACUGCUCUGCCAUAUCUGUCCGGGCAUCGCUACGGGCAACGUAUUCGAUGUGCAAUUCCGUUGCUGUCUGUGCGAGACGGCGCCGUUGGCCUCCGCGUUCCGGCUGAUGGUGCAUCUGCGGAAACAGCAUCAGGCCUGUGAUAUCUGCCUGGAGGAUUGCCAUACCCAGGCCAAGCUCUCGGCGCACGUGUGGAAGCACAAGCUGUUGCAUCUCUGUUAUCGCUGCGGCAUUGCGUAUCGCAACAAGCAGGACAUAUCCAAGCAUUUGUUCUGGAAGCAUGGCACCGAGAGCACCAGCUGCAAGCGCUGCCUGCAGAAACGCUGGCGUCAUGUCUAUCACUUCUGUGUGCCCGCCACGCAAUUCACCUGCGAGCAUUGCCAGUUCACAUUCAGUAAGGCCAUCUACCUGGAGGUGCACAAGCGCCAGCAUGUGGGCGAUUAUCGCUAUGCCUGCAAUGAGGAACAGUGCGAGGAGAAGUUCGUCUCGCGUAAGCUGCUGCUGAAGCAUGCGGCACAGCACGAGGUCAAGCAGCUGGAUGACGACGAGGAGGAUGAAGAGGAGUCGUCGUCCAAGGAUCAACUGACCAAGCUGGAGCUAGAGGAACAGCGCACAUCGAGCGCAGCUUCAGAGCAGCCCGAAAGUAAUGGCCAGCAGCUAAAGACGGAGAACGAGCCAAUGUCAUCGCCCAAGUCCGAGGCAGCACAUCAAGUGGAUGGCGGAAAACUGAAAGACAAAACGACGCAGCCAGCACUGUCGGGGGCACAGCAGGAGAAGGAGGAGCAGACGCCGCGUAAGCGACGCAAGAAGGCCAAGCGCAACAAGGCCUCGCUGGAGGACUUAAAUCUGAUUGCGCCCAAUCUAUCCGAAUCGGACAGCAGCGAUGAUAGCGAUUCAGAUGCCGGACGCAGCACAGGGACACUGCAGGAGGCCCAGGCACAUGGCACGCUGCCCAUGCGUGCAUCUGUGGAUGAUCUGGACAUGCCUAGGAUAAUGCUAUCGCCGGCCUCUGAGAGCGAUAAUGAGGAGCCCAAUAAAGAGUUGGUCAAGUCAGAGACAGAGCCCAAGCUGGAGCAGCAGCAGCUGGAGUCAAUGAAGCAGCAGCCGCUGAAAGCGGAAACGGAAACGGAAAUGUCUGAUGGGCAAAAGCCCAAGCUGGAGACGACAGAUGGAGCUGGCGAGACGCAAGAAGUGCCAGAUAUAUGGAAAAAUCUGUUGCAAAAUCAGCCGGCUGCAGUGGCCAAAAAGGAGCCGGAAGCCCUGGAAGUGCAGCCGACGGAAGAGCAGCUGCGUCCCACGAAACUGCAUGUGGCCUGCUCCGAUCAUGACUAUUGCAAAAUGCAGCGCACGCCGCCGCCCACGCCCGUGCCCACACCCGAUAAACCAGCGCAAGUGACGCCCAACAAGUCGAAGCGUAGCGCGAAUGCCGCCUCCAGCGAUAGCGACAGCUCCAGCAGCUCCAGUUCCAAUUCAGACUCAGACAGCUCCAGUUGCUCGUGCGGCUCCAAUUGUAGUUGCAGCUCCAGCGGCAGCAGCAGCAGCGAUGAUGACUCCGACAAUGAGUCGCAAAGCUCGCCUAAGAGCCCCAACAAGAAAGUGGCCAAGAAGAGCUCGUCGGAACGCAUCCAGGAAUCCCAGAACAACCUCAACAACAAUAACAACAACAACAACAACAGCGAGGAAUAUGUGAAUGUGACGAGCAACAAUGAGGAAGAACUGCGUCCGGCAAUGCCAUCGCCCAAAGCGCCGCUCUACAAUGAAUCCGACUUUGAUACGGCCGUCUCCGACACAGAUGAGGAGUUCUACGAUGCACAUCCGCAGAAAAUGGCCAGCGAGAUGCUGGCACAGAAACGUCUGGCGCUGCUCUCGGCCCAAGCGACAGAGGUGCAGCCGCAGGACGGCAAUGGCAACUAUGGCAUUGUGGAGAACAGUCGGCCAUCGACGCCAUCCCUGCCCGAGGAGGCAGCUGCGUUUGCGGACAAGCGUGAGCGUGUGGCCAAAAACAAGAAGAAGAAACGUGAGCGCAAAUCCACAUGCAAAUCGAUGAGCCAGGCCAAGAUGAUGCCCGGUGGUGUGCCGCAAAUGGUGCCGCCGCAACAGCUGCCGCUGGGCUUACCUCCAGGCGCCGCCGCCCUCGCAGAAGCCAUAGCAACGCCGCAGCAACAGCAGCAGCAACAACAACAACAGCAGCAGCAGCAGCAGCAGCAACAUAUGCUGCUGCUGACGGAAUCGCCGCUGACGCCCAUCACACACCGGCCCAGCUGGCAGCCGCGCAUGAGCGAGGGCAGCAGCUGCUCAGAUGCCGAUGGCCAGCUGAAGCGCUCGAAGCGCACCAGGCGUCCAAAUAAAUUCUAUGGCUAUACGAGCGAUGAUGAGAACAUGAGCAGCGUGCUGGCGCCCCCGUUGCAGGUGGGCAUGCAGCUAAUCAAGCCACAGCCGCCGCCGCAGCUGACCUGGGCCAAGGAGGAUCUGCCGACGCCGGCCAAGCAGCAGCGCAGUCGCAGCAAUCAUGGCGAGCAUCACAAUCAUCACCAUCAUCAUCAGCAGCACCAGCAACAGCAGCAGCAGCAGCCUCACCAGCAGCAGCAUUCGCAUCAGCACAGCAAUGGCAGCUCGCGGAAGCGCAACAGACGCGCGCCACUGAGCGGAGCCGGCUCUGGCAGUGCCAGUGCCAGGCGCGGUGCCAAGCGUGUCAAACAGCAGCCGGCGACGCCAGCAGCGACGGUGACAACACCGCAGGCGGAGCAACUGCAGCUGCCGCCCAUACCCACACUGAAAAUACGGCCCGCUCUGCUGCCCGUCAGCGCAGCGCCCAGCGACAGCAGCGAUAGCAGCUCGGACGACGAGAAUGCCGAGAUAAAUGUGACCAGUCUGCUGCCGCCCAUACAGGCGCCGUCCGUAAUGAUGCAGCAGCCGCCCGUGGCCGUGGCGCCGGCAACGUUGCCAACGCCGCCACCGCCGCCGCCGCCGCCUGCGACAACCGCCUUCAAUCAGCCGAUACCGCCAGCGCUGCUGCCAAAUCCGGACUUUGCCACGCUGCAGUACUUCAAGGCGAAUAAUAUACGAUAUCCCAUACGACCGCCGGCUGGGGCGCGACUGGCCCGUGAGGGUGAAUCGGUAUAUUGCUACUGCCGUUGUCCCUACGACGAGGUCUCCGAGAUGAUUGCCUGCGACGGUGAUAAUUGCCUCAUCGAAUGGUUCCAUUUCGAGUGCGUUGGCAUCAUGGUGGCGCCGCAGGGCAAAUGGUUUUGCGCCGAAUGCCGGCCCAAAUAUUCCGAGGGCCUCUAUCCGGGCGUCAAGGCCAAAUAAACUGACGAACUGUGUACAUAGUUCUAGAUAAACUAGGUUAAGGUUUACAAAAUCCUAAAUACCCUUUACAUAUACAAAAACAAAAAAAAAAAACCCCAAAACAGCAACAACACCCACUACAGAAUGGAUUACGCUUAUUAAAUGUUAAAAAAAAAAAUGUUCGAUGUCUCUCCAAAACUUCGGAUCAAUACGAAAAAAAGAAAAACUAUAAAAAGAAAGAUUUACAAAAAAAAAAAUAAUUACAUUUAAAGUAAAUGCUAAGGGAAAAGCAGAUAAUAUUAUGGAUUAUAUAUAUAUACCCAGGCUCAAAGGCGUCUCUCGCGACUUGGCUGCAGCAUAAACUAAGCUAAUCUUAAAUAAAUAUCUUUAAUACACACACACACACACACACACACUUAAAGAUAUAUAUAUAUAUAUUAUAUUUUUGUAAAUAUUUGCGAGUUGCAUAUACGAAUCGUAUAUAUAUAUAAAUGUGUAUGCAAUUGUACAAUACUUAGCUCAUGCAAGAUCUAUAUAAACCUUUAGACUUAACUUUAACCCAGCAUCAAUAGUUAUAAAUAUGAUUAUGAUAAACUCUAAUGACCUAUCGCUAGUUAUAUGUAAACAAACUAAACAAAAAAAAAAAAGAAAAACUAAAAAAAAAACAACUAAAAGCAACGUCUAAUUGCAAACGAGAUGCGAGAAAUAAACAUUCAAUAAGUGAACCAUAAACUUA